ACACACGAAUUAGCACUUUCGUUAGCCAGCAGUAGUCUCUAGUGCGUGACACUCUGUGAGUCAGCCGCUGUUGUUAUUGUGUCCGUUGCAUUAUCGGGCCGGGGCAACAAAAAGGUUGUUAGCGGCUGCUGGAUAGACGUGCGAAACCACUGGAAACCGAUCAGUUGGUGUCCGAGCUAAGAGCGAGGCUUUUGAGGUUGUUGGUGAAUGGGGGCGUAACGGUGAUGUAUCUACGAUCUUGUUGUAUAUGGGAGAGGAGACAUUGGUCAGAGGGGAGUCCCACAUGGGGUUGAGUGAGCCAGACUGCUUCAGACAAUUUUCUAAUCUUCAGACUGGAGGGGGAAGCAUUGAGCUAGCCACCUCAAUGGAUGCAGACAGUGAUGUGGCACUGGAUAUUAUAAUCACUAAUGUUGUUUGUGUGUUCCGGACGAGAUGCCAUUUAAACUUGCGCAAAAUUGCUUUGGAGGGGGUAAAUGUGAUUUACAAGCGUGAAGUAGGGAAAGUGUUGAUGAAACUUAGGAAGCCCAGAAUAACUGCUACAAUUUGGUCUUCAGGAAAAAUAAUUUGCACAGGAGCUACCAGUGAAGAAGACGCCAAGUUUGGUGCUAGACGCUUGGCUCGUUGCCUACAGAAGCUGGGCUUUCAGGUAAAAUUCACAGAUUUUAAAAUUGUAAAUGUGCUAGCUGUUUGUACAAUGCCAUUUGAAAUACGGUUGCCAGAAUUUACAAAGAAGAAUCGUCCUCAUGCAAGUUAUGAGCCGGAACUUCAUCCUGCAGUCUGCUACAGAUUAAAGAGUCCGCGGGCAACACUGCAGAUUUUUUCAACCGGAAGUAUUACAAUAACAGGUAGUUUUCACCAUUGGGUCCAGAUGUAAAAUCCGUUGCCACCGCAGUGGAGCAAAUUUAUCCGUUUGUGUUUGAAAGCAGAAAAGAAAUUUUGUAAACACUUAAGAAAUGUAGUUUUCAAGACCAGGCACCUUUGUAGAUUUAAAAAAUAGACAUUCUGCAACUUGAACAAAAAUAACCAGGACCAACUAAGGACAUCGCUUUUUAACUGUUGACUCUCUUCAAAAACUCUUGAUUUUAUUUUAAACAUUUCUGUGUUGUGAAGAAAGGACUGUUUACAUGACUUGGACCUGCUGCUUUUUAACAAAUGAGCUAUUUAUUUGUGAAGUUAUUCCUUUGUACUCAUACAGAGAGCUGUAAUGACAUGCACUAAUGCAAAUCCUCUGUUUGAGCUUGUGGUUUAUUUAUAAAUCGUCUUUUUAAGCUUUUUUAUUUUAAUUUUUUUUUAUUCAAAUUUAUGGGCACCAAAGAAACUAAGUUUUCUUCUCACUCGUUGAAUUUUUUUUUUUGGUACUCUUCUGUUGUCAUAGUACACACUUAUUUUCCUUUCUUGCUUAUGUAAAUAUUUUUUUAAUAAAAUUAUUAUUGGCUAAUUGUAUUCUGUUAUUAAACACUCUGUUCUAUUCCAGCCACAAUUUAAACUAUAGAGGAUAAAAUUUAUAUUCCCAGGCACUGCGUGCAAAAUGUUAACAUCCAGACCACACAAAAAGAUGAUUCUGUUUUACGAUGUUGCUUGUUAAUAAAUCAUACUUAAAAUAAUUGGAAAUUAAAGCACACACCUUUUUAAGGUCCAUAUUUCACAUCUACCUAUGUAAAACAAGUGGUACAUGAUUAUGAAGGGAAUAAUAAAGUUAUUUAAAGG